CAUACGGUACGACCGAAAAACCGGAAUAYAGUUUCYAUAACAAAUACAAUUUCACUGAACAGUACCGUAGACGGCAAUCCAACCGCGUCGUUCCRGCCAGACCACCACCACCAACUAUUUUCUUYCGAACACCACUAAGAACCAACCGCGCUGUACCAUGGCCCUUGCGUCCCGCCGCCGCGACCAAGGGGGUUCCCUCCCGGUCGGUCUCGCCCUCGCGCAGAGGCUGCUCCUGACCGCCGGGCUAGGGCUUCUGUGCGGGGGAGCCGCCCCUGGCCAUCGCCRUCGGGCCCUGGCCCUGGCCCUCGAACAGGGCGCAGGGGGGACGCUUUCCUGGGAGGAACGAGCGGCCUUUCCCGGGGGCGSUCGCCACCACCCCAUCACCUUUGCGAACGAGACACACGGCUUUGUCCUGUCCGGAUCGACCCAGACGGAAACCUACACGUCCGACUUUUGGGCCUACGAGGCAGCCACGGACAAGUGGACCAACCUGACCGGGACGGACGCGGCCUUUCCUGGAGCCCCCCGGAGCUUCGGGUACGGGGUGGCCUCGACGAUGGACUGUGGAAACACCAAGGCCUACGUGGGACUCGGGGCCGGGGAAAACUACCAGCGCUUCACCGAUUUCUGGGAGUUUGACAUGGUGACCCACGCCUGGAGGGAGYUGGCGAGCUUCCCCGGGUUGGGCCGGAGGCACCCGGCAAUGAACUUUAUCGAACCAGUGGGGGAAAUCCACGUCGGCCUCGGCGACGGCCUCCUCGGCAACUACAAGGACUACUGGGCCUACUCGAUCGAAACCGACGAGUGGAGGCAGCUCGAGGACUUUCCCUCCUCCGAGCGGCACCACCCCUUUUACUUUGCGAUCGAUGCGAACUCUUACCUCGGGCUUGGCCAUUCCAAYGGGUACGACCCCUUCAUCGAGCGAGACUGGUAUCGCUACGACGCCAUCGACGGUACCUGGGAACGGGAAGAAGACUUUGCGAGCUACCCGCUUGGGAUCCCCGGGGCACCCGGCCCCGGGGCGACCCCCCGGUCCGGCGCCUCCCCCGUCACGACAGAAGCCCGCGUGGCGGGGACCCAGUUUUCCGUGGCCGGGUCCUGCGACGCCGACCUCGCCCUGGGUUUUGUCCUUAGCGGGGACGGGGACGACCACCGCGCGAUGCCCACGGGGGAGUUCCACGUCUUUGAUCCCUCCUCCUCGGAGUGGCACGAGCUCCCGCCCCACCCGGGAUCCUCRCGGUGGGCUCCYGGGUCUUUUGUCCUCCGUGGAACCACCAGGGCCUACCUUGUUGGGGGUUACGACCGGAACGAACGCAUCCUGUACUCGGACCUGUGGACGAUCGAUCUGGAGCCCCUCUUUGUGGGGGCCAACGCCACGGGRACCUUUGCUGAUGUCGGCCUUGACGAUGUUGACUACGGCUACAAAUCGCUCCAACCAAGCGAGCCGGAACGGUUGGRAACGGAAUACGGCUACGGCUUCGCCGGCMYGUCGUCCCCCGCCGUAGCCACGGGCGKAGCCCGGGAGUGGAGCCUUUCUUGCGGGCUCGCCGUGUCGUCGUCACUUCUGUUACURYUGUGGGCCCCACUUGCAUGAGGKCCYGGCUCGUUUCGUUGCGACGCGCACGACGGCAUAAAAUAAUAAUAAAACUAGUAUCGAGUCGAAGACCCGCGAGUUAAGAAAACUAUUCUUGAAGAAUUUGGAAGUGAUUCGUACCAAAUAUUUGUUGCAACUGCUCACUGCAUCCCUGAUUGAUAAUAAUCGCACCGCAGUGGAUUGUUCGUCAAGCUCUCAUAGCCAUUUCGACCGAACCGACAAAAACUAUUAUCAGUGCGUGUCAAAACUAACCCACGAAAGUUUGUCUCGAGCCACAACACCCCGACGGAGACCCACAACCCGGUUGCUCAAUACACAAUGUUAUCGAUGUCGGCGAGAAAKGUYUCUCGAUCCUUUCCACCGGGCGCCACAUUGGAGAGCGCCUCGACCUUUUUCAGGGGACCCUGUUCAAACUUGAUUUUUUCGCGCACCUUCUCUGGAAACAACGGGGUGAACAGUUUUACCAGGGCACUCACAAGUUUUGGCAGAUUGAGCAGGAGGGUUGGUCCGCCCAGUGACGGAUACAACUCAUUGGCUUGCUUCGAGGAAUCGCCGAGGGCCGUGCGAAAGGUAGCGUCGCCACCGAUGAGUUUGAUUCCGCUCAGAUCGUUUACGGUGAGUACAUAGGCGAGUUUGUCGUUUUUUACAGACCGAUCGUUGGCGGCGAGGGCAAUAAUUUCCUUCGAAUAAAGGAAGAAKGUCACUAAGUCAUCGACAGCGAUUCUUUCCAUCAGGGCGUUGUCGUCGAUCUUGCCCGCACGGAUGCAGUACAAGAUGUCGCCUUUCGAAGAUGAGGUGGUCAUGCACGUGGUUUGGGURAUGUAAUCGUUGAUGAUACCGGCCUCGGGAGCGGCGGCUCGGAUCGGAUYGUUGUCCCAUCCUCCGCCCGCGGUCGCGGCUUGGUAUGCGGUCGUUGCUGCGUCGCACAUGGCCUUGCCCUCGCCCUGUCUCCAAGCCAGGGUUUUCUUCAGGUCCUCGAUGCCUUUGUCUUCGAGGCAAUAUCGCAGAUAAAAUACGUCGUUGCUGUAAGGAACUUGACCAAACUUGUCGUCUCCAACAAUCGACUUGGUCUCUUUCUUGAAAGAAGAAAUGUCGGCCUCGUAUUGUUUGAGCAGGACAGACACCGGUUCUUUGACACCAAAUGCGUCUGCCACAUGUGCCUUCCGACAAGCAAGAGACGAAAGAAGGGCAACAAUGAGUGUUUUGAUCGACGACGAAGACAUGGUUGUUGUUUUUCAAAGAUAGAAAAUGCCGUUGAGUACAAGCAAUCGAACCAAUCUGAAGCAGGAGGGAGGAACUCUUCCUGGAAUAUAAGAAGAUGCCGGGAUCGAUUUGCGAAAAAUGAUCCGUUUCCUGCACGUAUUCAAGUUGGUGAUUUCUGAUUUCAGGUAAUCUUACCGU